UCACUAAUCCUAGCAUCUUUGUUAAUUACGAAGAGAUGGCUUCAAAGACCAACACUCCACUAGCUCUCUUUUUGGCACUCAACCUUCUCUUCUUUGCCAUUGCUAGUGGUUGCACCACCUGUCCUACCCCCACUCCCAAACCAAAGCCAUCCAGUGGAGCCUGUCCCAGAGACGCCCUUAAAUUAGGUGUGUGCGCCAAUGUGCUUGGCAGUUUACUUGGUCUUGUUGUUGGGAACCCACCAGUUAAGCCNUGCUGCAGCCUCAUCGAAGGCCUUGUUGAUCUCGAGGCUGCCGUUUGCCUUUGUACUGCUAUCAAGGCUAAUGUUCUAGGGAUCAAUCUGAACAUCCCACUGUCUCUCAGUUUGCUUCUCAAUGUUUGUAGCAAGAAAGUUCCAAAGGACUUCCAAUGUGCUUAAAUCAUCUACCACGCAUGUAACCUACAGUGUGCAUUUGUUUUCAAAUUUUAUUGUGAGUGUUUAUUGUUUUGAUCUUCUAUUUACGAAAAGCAUUUUAAUUUCUUUGUAAUGAUGGUUUAAUAAUCGUUUUGUGGGAAUGAAAAUUUAAUUUCAAGUAUGUGCU